GCGAGUAGUGAACGUCAGCGUACUGACGUGAUCGGCCGUAUUCGUGUUUGCCCGCGCUCCGUUUGACAGCUGCAGAAAAAAAAACAUUUCGCGCGUCUUCUAUCAAGUCACCGAAUUGAAAGUUUCGAGUGCGUUCGUAAUUUGAACUUAAGUAUUGGUGUUUGAACUAUUUGUUUUAAAAGAAAAGGAGUUUAUAUUUGCAGUGUAAUAAUUCUAUUGGCUCGUACUAGCCAUUGAGACGUUAUAAAGUGAUGAAUCAGCGAGCGCCGGCUAAUUAACAACGUCAUUGCUACGAAAACAAAUCUAACGUGCAAUUGCUAUUUGCCUUUAGAGAUAUUUGACCGGCAGUUCACGGGACAUCAGCAAGCUGUUUUACCCUUACCUGAAGACGUCUUCCCUUCACAGGGACCUCCUGUUUGCAAGUGGCUCUGACGAGUCGGGAUGCGAGGCUGAUAUGUUGGAGGGCGCGGAGGUGGGACGGCACACGCCGCCCCGGCCGCAGCAAGAGCCCAUUAAUCUCAAGAAUGAGUAUCUACUCGCACGCAUGACUUUCUACAUGAAGGCGGAGUCGGACCGUGAGAGCGGCGCGAGCUCGCCGGAAGGCGGUGCGCGUGCGCAGAUAGCCGAGCCGCGGACGCCGUCGCCGCACGCGCGCUCACCACAGCAUCAGCAUCAACAUCAACCGCACCUGAAUGGCUCCAUGGCGUCAAUGUUCCAAAACUUGCAAAAUCUUGCAAACAUGCAACAGAACAUGCCACCGAUGUCGCAGCAGUUGCAGCAACAGAUGUCGCAACAAAUGUCCCAGUUGGCUGCCAAUUUGCAGGGCCUGACGUCUAUGUCUUCGAAUCCAGUUAUCAACUCUCCCUUAAAUUUGAGCGUUAGUGCACCAGGUAUGGGAUCGCCUAAUCCUGUAAACAACAACAUGCUACCUCCAGCGAUGCCCUCCCCUAUGCCUCAACUUAUUCUGGCCUCGGGACAACUAGUUCAGGGCAUACAGGGCGCUCAGCUACUUAUACCAACUUCGCAAGGAAUUGCAACACAGACCAUCUUGACGAUACCAGUAAACCAUGUGAACUCCAACGACCAAAUGGUGAAUCUUGCCUUAAACAACGGCCAAGUGGUCUCGACGUCUCUUGCCAACCUGCAAGCAAUGGCUCAGCCCCACCAACUAUUAAAUUCGAACCCUCAACAAUCGGCGAACAUCCGACCGAACAUGAUAAAUCCAACUCUAUCAAAUGCCUUACUGAAUCCCGGCUUGCCAAAUUUUUUAUCGAAUGGCGCAGCCAAUGCACAAGAAUUGCUUCAAGCAUUACAACAACCGCAAGGAAACCACAAUUUGUUGCAAACAGUUCAACAGAACAGUAUGCCUCAGUCGAUGCAAGGUAGACGCUCAUCGUCACCUCGACCUGACAGACAUUAUAAAGAAAGAGAGAACUUCGAAAGAUUUGCAGGCGGUUCGAGAGAAAGGAACGAUCGAGACAAUUCUGGUGCAGUCGCGAUGAAUAAUAUUAAUAGGCUUGCUGCGUCGAAUGGAGAAAUUACUAUCACAACGUCGCACGGCAGUUCGAACGCGGGUCCUGCGAGCAGUGCAGGCAGCGCGAGCUCGGGACCAAUGGCGUCACCGCACGCUCCCAUCAAAAUGUCACCGAGUUCGGUGAAGUCGCCGGCGCAAGAAGACGGAGAUUUACUCGCAGAUUCGCCUAAUCAACCAACUAUUAGUCAAUCAUCAAGCAACGUGGUCGAUGGCAUCAACCUAGAAGACAUCAAGGAAUUCGCGAAGGCAUUCAAGCUUAGACGUCUUGGUCUGGGCCUUACGCAAACCCAAGUCGGCCAAGCGUUAUCCGUCACAGAAGGACCAGCGUACAGCCAAAGCGCGAUAUGCAGUGCCCUGGCUUCGCAGAUGCUAGCAGCUCAGCUGUCGUCACAACAACAAAACAUAUUUGAGAAAUUGGAUAUAACACCAAAAAGUGCGCAGAAAAUCAAACCGGUGCUCGAACGUUGGAUGAAGGAAGCCGAAGAGAGGUACGCGUCUGGUCAAAAUCACCUAACAGACUUCAUAGGAAUGGAACCGAGCAAGAAACGCAAACGGCGGACGUCAUUUACCCCUCAGGCAUUGGAGUUACUCAAUGCACAUUUUGAGAGGAACACACAUCCCUCUGGAACUGAGAUCACUGGGUUGGCGCACCAACUAGGCUAUGAACGAGAAGUCAUCCGAAUAUGGUUCUGCAACAAACGUCAAGCUUUGAAGAAUACCGUCAGAAUGAUGUCAAAAGGAAUGGUCUAAAAGAAUAAAACAAGGAUUAUGGAAUCACUUUGUCCAUGACAUUAAAAAAAAACUCAUUAAUCGAAAACAACAUUAGUUAAGUUCUUGAAAAUUAGAGACGAGAUGAGUGACUAAAUAUCGAUGUCGAUAAUUUCGCUUGGAGGCUGCAACUUUGCACAUAGUUUUAAGAACUCGUCUCGAUAUUCACGUUAUGAUUUGCAUCGAUAGUGUCUUACUUAGAAAGGUGUUCGUCGGUUCGAUUUUCAAAAUUAAUUUUAACGUAUUAAACUGGCCUUAGCGCAAUUAUUUGCGCAAUUCCAGCCAAUGUAAGAAUGGGAAGUGCAUAAUAUUAAGGGUAUAUAAUAAAAUGUAAAAUAACAAAUUUUGACUGAAAUAUUCGUCUCGAAAUAGUCUAAAAUAGAAAUGAAUGGAAUGUCAUUAAAAUAUAAUGUAGGUGUUUUAGUACAAAUUAAAGAAUUGGCGAGUAUCUAUAUUACUCAUUGAUGCAUAUUCUUUUGUUAAAUCCGUUCCAAAACUUUGCUACCAUGAAUUAAACCAGUUGAUUUCUACUAAUUUUGAACUACUAUAAAUCAACAUUUCAUAGAUACAUAAGUAUACCACAGUAUUAGAUAUUUCCUACGAUAUCAGAAGAGUGCAUAUAAGUGCUAAUAAUGGUAAAGAGACAUGCAGCGACAUGGUGAAGUAAAAACUCGGUGAAAUGUGGGUAUUUCUAGUAUUAGCAGUUUUUUGUAAAAAUAUUGCAUUUUGUAAAUAAGUACAAUACAUUUAACUCUCGGCGAUAAAUUUGUAAUGUAGAUGAUACAUUAAUUUAUUAAAAUACUCUUGAGUUGUUUCGUUCUUCUAGCGAAUGUUGCACUUUAUAGUUAUAAUGAUAAUAUCGAUAUUAUGAAAGUAGUUACUGUGUCGUCAGUCUUAGUGGCCUACUGAGAUUUUUUUUAUCUUUAGUAGGUUUUUUGUUAAUAGGUAGGUAUAAACCGAUAUGUAUAGUAUAAUAAUUAAAGAAAUCGUCAUAACUUGUAAAUAUUGUUUCCGUAAUUUUAUUUCAAUAAAAUGUAUUACUAGUUUUAUUUCGAUUAAUUAUAAUUUUGAUAGCUUUUUUAAAAAAUUGUAGUCUCAAGUUGGAUUUUUGGCGAUCUUAACAGUGUUCUGUUGUAUAAUUAUGAAACAUUAUGAAUGAUUUUUUUUGGUAUAAUAACUGCACUUUCCAUAUAAAUACACGUAACAGAUGGUCUUAAAAAUCAAGUUAAAAUAACAAUGUACAUAUUUAUUUGGGUUAAUAAUGUUAAACUAAUAAAAUUGCCUCGCAUUUGGAAAUGUAGAUUUUGAAAUAUUAUUAUACAUAUAUAUUAUAUAUAGAAUUUCCAAAAAAAAAUUUAAAUUUGACAAUUAUUAGUAUAUUUUAAGUGGUUACGAUUUCCAAAAAGUAUGCACAUGUUUUUUCCGAUAUAUUGUUAAUCCACUCUACCAUAUUUAUGGCGCUUUUCAACAAUAAGGUUCUUUUUAGUCAAUUCAGUAAUUCCUUUAUACAAGUCACUAACAGCAGCAAUAUUGUUUAUCUACACUCAAGAGCAAUGAAUCCGGGUCACUUAAAAAAAUCUAUAAAUCUAGGAAAUUACGAAUGCUAGCUUGGUGAAAUAAAUUGUUUUUAGUAUACAAUUAAAUACUCCUUAAAUUAAGGUAUUAAAACUUCUUAGUUACUGCAAAGUUAUGCCAUAAAAAAAUCUAAUUUAAAAAAGGACGCGGUUUCGAAGUUCAGCACGCAGCCCGGAUAUCAGCUAAGGAGAUACGUAAAACAACAAAAUUGGGCUCACAUAGGAUGGGAGAAUAUUUGCCAAAAUCAUAUAAGAAACUUGGUGUACAGCAUGACAACCCCUGUAAACAUAGUAAUGGAAGCAAGAGGAAGCAAUACAAAGUAUUAAAAUUCAAAAAAAUCAUAUUGUUGUUCAAAAAUAUCAUGUUUCCUACUUUUGUUUUAAGGCGAGAUCAGCAGUUUUUUUUUCUUUAUGUAAUUUUUAAUAAGUACAAUGUAGUGAUUUAUAAAUUUUAUUACUUUCAUUUAAGGGGUAUUUUAUUGUCUAUUAAAUGCCGUUUAUGUUAUUAAGCUAGCAUUCUUAGUUUUCAAGAUUUAUAAGUUUCUUUGGGUGACCUGCAUUCAUUGCUCUCGAGUGUAUAUUGUUAUUGCAAUACAAAGUAGAUGAUUAUAAAAAUACGCAACUUGUAAAGCCAAUUUAUAAGAACAUUUUUUAUUGAACUAAGAAUUAUUGGAAAAGUGUCAUAUAUAUUUUAACAUUAUUUUAUGCCUAUGAAACUUAGCUAUAUAACAGCUAAUCUGUUACUAAAUGAACUGAAUUUCAUAGAAUUUAUUUAUACAUUUAGAAUUUGUAUAAAUUCUAUCAUAAUGUAUUAAUAAUUGAUAGAAUUCUUAUGUAAAUAAUUUAGUUAGAGUUUUCAAUUUAAGACCUACUGUUAACUGUAUUACCAAUAGUAAAUAAGGCUGUAAUGUAAUGUAUGUUAAUGACCAAUGAAAACCAACUUGUGAUCAUUAAUAUUUGUACUGUUACCUACUACUUAACAAGAGUCGUUAAAAAAUAAUAUUAUAAAAAUUGAACAUAUUUUUCGGCUGUUGAAAAAUUGUAAAUACAAUAUUAAGGUUAAUAAAACUAUUUGGAUUAAUAUUUAGGAACAAAGGAAAAUAAAAUAUUAUCAAAAUUUAUAUUUUCAAAAAUUAUUACAAGUGCAAAAAAAAUGUGUAUUAAAAAGGGAAGUUUGGCCAUAAAACAAAAAAUUACACUCAACGGAAUUUUUUAUCGACUUCAUCACACCACUACAAUAUACACAAAAAAAGCAGUACGGUAUACAGUGACUUAAAAUCGUGCGAUGCGGUAUUGCGCGUAAUCUGUACUUAUAAAGAAUCAGGUUUAUUUACUAAACAAUUAAGAAAAAAAAUGAAAUCGUAGACCUUUAGAUUUUUCUUACGAUGAACUCAACCAUGUAGCGAAGGAAAAAAAAGUCAAAAAGGACAAUUCUUUUUUUAUUAAUGAACUGUAAAAAAACCUGAUUCCAACAAACAUUAGUGUAAUAGAAGAAAGCAUAGGAUGCUAAGUACAAAUGAUAUAAUUUAACUAAAAGAACAGCUAGUCCCGUAAUUUAUGCCUAAAAUUAUUACAUGGCAAAAUCGCGUUGCACCCUGGUUUUCAUGAUCCAUAUGUAAUAAAAUAGUAAUACAAUUAAUAAAAUCUACUUACACAUAAAUUCAGCUGUAACACAUAUUCAAACCAAACUGUAACAGUAUGUAAUAGUGUAUUAAUUUUUCUUCCUAUAAUGGUACCGAACGAAUGAUUAUGGCUGCUGGUUAAGAAGUGAUGCAGAAUAAAGACAGAUAACUGUUUGAA